GGCAGAAUGAGUUUAAUGAGAGAGGGUGGGGAACGUCACUGGCAUUCAUUCACUAUCGCAUUAUUGUAGUGCAAAGUCCGCGACAACCGUAGGACGAACAACUUUUCUCAACAAAUACGCAUGCACGAAUAUUCUAAGGAUUCUGGAGGACUGGUGCCACCCUGUUGCUUUCAGAAUGACCGUUGGGUGAAGCUCUGCUGGUCUGUCCCAAGGAGCAGUUAGAGGUGUGAGUGUGGUCUGUCCCACAACCAUGGCAACAACUCCGUGGGAGACACUGUUUCUCCCCCCCUCUGGGCUCCUGCUCCUCAUCUUCCUGCCCCUGUUUCUGUGCCAGCAGCCUCUGCCUGGCCCCGACUCCCCCCCCCCACCCCCGCCUCACUGUACCAGGAAAGAGCACCCCGUCGUCUCCUUCCAAGCGUUGAGUCCCUGGAUCUACGGGUUUUCCCGUCCUGGUGUGAAGGAUUUCUCCCAGCUGGCCCUGGACCUCACCAGGAACCAGCUCAUCGUGGGAGCCAGAAAUUAUCUCUUCAGGCUGAGCCUGAGCAACGCUUCUCUUCUACAGGCGACGGAAUGGCGUCCCGAUGAAGACACCAGGCGGUCGUGUCAGAGUAAAGGGAAGGCUGAGGAUGAGUGUCAGAACUACAUCCGGGUGCUGCUCGUCAGUGGAAGGAGACUGUUCACCUGUGGAACCAACGCCUUCACGCCCGUCUGCACCACCCGACAGAUCGGCAACAUCAGCAGGGUGCUGGACACAGUCAAUGGGGUGGCACGGUGUCCCUACGACCCCCGCCACAACUCCACAGCCAUGGUGACAGACAAGGGCGAGCUGUACGCUGCCACUGUCAUCGACUUCUCCGGUCGAGACCCUGUCAUCUACCGUAGCCUUGGCAACAUGCCUCCUCUGCGCACCGCCCAGUACAACUCUAAAUGGCUGAACGAGCCUCACUUUGUCUCCGUCUACGAGGUGGGUCUGUUCACCUACUUCUUCCUGAGGGAGAACGCCGUGGAGCACGACUGCGGCAGGACGGUGUUCUCGCGGGUGGCGCGCGUCUGCAAGAACGACGUGGGCGGCCGCUUCCUGCUGGAGGACACCUGGACCACCUUCAUGAAGGCCCGGCUCAACUGCUCGCGCUCCGGGGAGAUCCCUUUCUACUACGACGAGCUGCAGAGCACCUUCUACCUGCCCGAGCAGGACCUCAUCUACGGCAUCUUCACCACCAACGUCAACAGUAUCUCUGCCUCGGCUGUGUGUGCCUACAACCUCAGCUCCAUCACCCAGGCCUUCAACGGACCCUUCCGCUACCAGGAGAACCCUCGCACCAGCUGGCUGUCCACCCCCAACCCCAUCCCCAACUUCCAGUGUGGGACCCUGGAGGAGCAUGGUCCAGGGGAGAACCUGACAGAGCGCAGCCUACAGGACGCCCAGCGCCUCUUCCUCAUGAACGAUGUGGUCCAGCCUGUCUCCGUGGACCCUCUGCUCACCCAAGACAACAUCCGCUUCUCCAAGCUGGUGGUGGACAUUGUCCAGGGCCAGGACACCCUGUACCACGUCAUGUACAUUGGCACCGAAUACGGAACGAUCCUGAAGGCCCUCUCCACAUCCAACAAGAGCCUGCGAGGGUGUUACCUGGAGGAAAUGAGGCUCCUGCCUGAGGGUGUGAGCGAGCCAAUCAAGAGCCUGCAAAUCCUGCACAGCGAUAGGUCCUUAUUCGUGGGGCUGAAUGACAGGGUGUUGAAGAUCCCGCUGGAGAGGUGCUCCAGUUACAAGACUGAACGGCUCUGCCUGGACGCCCGAGACCCCUACUGUGGCUGGGACCGCAAACAGAGGCGCUGCACCACCAUCGAGGACAGCUCAAACAUGAGCCAGUGGAGCCAGAACAUCACUGAGUGUCCAGUGCGAAAUCUGACCCAGGACGGUGCCUUCGGUCCCUGGGCCCCAUGGCAACCCUGUAACCACGACGACGGGGAGGGCACCAGCAGAUGUGUGUGUCGCUCUCGGUCAUGUGACAGCCCUCUGCCCCAGUGUGGGGGCGUGGCCUGUAAAGGCCCUACCAUGCAGGUCGCCAACUGCUCCAGGAACGGUGGCUGGACCCCCUGGUCGUCCUGGGGCCAGUGCAGCACCAGCUGUGGUAUCGGGUUUGAGGUGCGGCAGCGCUCCUGCAACAACCCCUCUCCGCGUCAUGGGGGCCGCGUGUGUGUGGGACAGGGCCGAGAGGAGAGGUUGUGUAAUGAGAAGAUUCAGUGCCCCCAGCUGGUUAUGUGGUCAACCUGGGGGUCCUGGACCAAGUGCAGUGCUGAGUGUGGAGGGGGGGUCCAUUCCAGGGUCCGCACCUGUGAGAAGGGGACCAGCUGCCCUGGCUGCUCCCUGGAAUACAAGACCUGUAACCUGGAGGCAUGCCCGGAGGUGCGCAGGAACACGCCGUGGACACCGUGGAUGCCGGUGAACGUGAGCCAGGAGGGAGCCCGCCAGGAGCAGAGGAGCCGCUACAGCUGCCGGGCCCUGCUGGCCGACCCGCACCAGCUGCAGCUGGGCAAGCGCAAGGUGGAGAGCCGCCUGUGCCCCAACGACGGCACAGCCGGCUGCGAGGCGGACUCUCUGGUUGAAGACUUGGUGAAGACUGGCCGACCUUUGACCCUACCUCAGGGUAUCAGGUGGUCGCCGUGGGAGACGUGGUCCACCUGCUCCCAGGAGUGUGCCAAGGGCUUCCGCACCCGCAAGCGCACCUGUGCCACCCCGGCUGGCAGCAGCGCCCCUGGUGCCUGCGCAGGCUCCCCUGUGGAGUACCAGGACUGCAACGUCCAGCCCUGCCCAGUGAGGGGAUCGUGGUCGUGCUGGUCAUCCUGGUCUCAGUGCUCCACCACCUGUGGGGGGGGGCACUAUCAGCGCACGCGUACCUGCAGUAACCCCGCCCCCGCCAACGACGGAGACAUCUGCAUCGGCCUGCACACUGAGGAGGCCUUGUGCAACACACACACCUGUGAAGGCUGGGCUGGUUGGUCUGACUGGGGGGAGUGUGACGGGGAAGGGCUCCAGCAUCGGACCCAGGACUGUGGCGCUGCGGAGGCCGAUGCCAGGCUGUGCCAGGGCAACGCCACCGAGCACCGGCCGUGCCAGCCUCGCGAAGUGCCAGUCAUUCUGCCUGGACAGGAUAAGGACAAGCAAUGUGGAGCCUUCUCUCUCAUCCACCUGGUGGGUGUGGGUGUGGCCAGUUUCUUCACGGCGGUCCUGUUGUCAGCCAUGGUGUACGCCUACUGCCAGAGACUCCACAAGCCCUCCCAGGAGUCGGCCGUCAUCCACCCCAGCACGCCCAACCACCUCAGCUACAAGGACAACACCACGCCAAAGAACGAGAAGUACACCCCCAUGGAGUUCAAGACACUGAACAAGAACAACCUUCUCCCAGAGGAGACUUGUCAUUUCUUCAACUCGCCACUCCCCUCCAGUAAUGUUUACACCACUACCUACUACCCCACGCCCCUGGGCAAAUACGACUUCCACCCCGACUCCCCCUGCAGGAACUACAUGCACAGCUGAGACACCUCCACCCAGACUGGUGCCCCAACCAUCACCAGCCCCUCUCUGGCCACCCCUGUGGACACCCAGCUGAUGGCCUUGGGGUGUAUGAGCCGGUUUUGGAGGGGCUGGCCCAGCAGAGAUCCAGGACUCUGGGAAACCUUCAACAGCAACCCUCUUCUUCUGUACACACACACACAUACACACACACACACACACAACCAUUGUGAGAGGCAUUCUCAACACCAGUCUGACUUUUAUUGUUUGUUUAAGUUUUAUUAUAAUGACUGUGCUAUUUCAUAACUGUGAUUUUCUAUUCCACAAGAACAAACUGUACAGUUCUUGGUCCAAUCACAGUGCCAGUCCAAGAAUCAUGCGGUGCUAAAAGCAUCACAGUGAUCCAAGGUGGUUCCACAGGCUACAUCCAUGAUUCAGGAGGAAUGGGAGCAUGCUGUGGCCAGUUUAGACAUUUGAAUUACAGAUUUAAACUUUAUAAAAAAACGCUUCAUUACAUGCUGAUCCGUACUUUGGAUGUCAAGUUUCGGCGUGAAAACGUUGUUUUUGAACAGUCAGUCAGAACUCAGUCAGCAUAUUUCAGCGCACCAUGUCCAGCAGUUUUGUCAAGUUCAAACACUGUUUUCCCUUGCUUUUAUUUUGAAACGCUGCAUGGGUUUUGCCCUCCGUAUAGGAUUCCUCUGUCUGAUAACAUGGGUUGGGUAUUGACUUCAGUUGACCUGCUCAAGAACUCACAUUGGCCCCUACAUGGGUUUGAAUCCCUUAACUACCUGCAGCAGGGGAUGCAAAUGAAGAGUCCAUGGAAGAGGAGAAUGGGGGUUUACCAUGGAAAAAAGUGUUCCAUCAUCCAAGAGAAGUGUGACAUCACCCCUCUGCAGGUGAUUGGAUGCUUACAGUCUAGCAUGCAUCCUGAUAGGCGGACACAAUCUCUGUAUCCGCCUCACGGAGGCCCGACAACCCCUGUCAGUGUGAAAGGCCACUUCUUUAUAAUCAAAGGGAAGUGUAGUUGUUGUUUUGUUAUGUAUACGUUCAUCCAGGACUGUGUGCAUGUACCUGUCAAAGCCUGGAAGAAGUUCGAUAGAUAAGGUCACCAGUACUUAACGGUAAUCCUGCCUCUCACUUUCUGCUCCCCUGUGACCCCUUAUUAUAUUUCACAGUCUGUAAAAUGUUGAAGUACACUUAGCUGUUGAAAAAAAAGGAUGAAAUCAGUUUUGAGGUAUUCAAAUGUAGGUGUGUGUGUGAGAGAGUGGAAGAGAGAGAGCUAUAGAGAGAAAGAGAAAGCGGGGGGGGGGGAGAGAGAGAAUUAAAUGUAAGGAUUAUCUCCUACAGAUGUAUUCCAACUGUUGUUGGGUUACAAGCCAAAUGCAAGCUAAAUGGUACAAUGAAACUGUACUAACUGAUGCUGAACCUUAACAUGUGCAGGCUGUCAAAAUCUUCAAGCUUCAUAUUUGAUUAAUGUGUUUCGUGUUCGUGAACUGUUCAAACCAAGACUUAUUUGUUCAAAGGUGUUAUUCUAUGAACGUGUCCAAUCUCAUGUUUGUAUGCUGUAAAGUGAUUAUUGUAUAGCUUUCUUAAAAGUUGUAAAAAGAAGCAUCCAUUUUGUAAAUAUCAGACCGAGGCCGAGACCAAGACGUGGGUGGUUUGGUGCUCGCGUGUGUGUUGUGUUGGUGCAGUGGAGGUCUGUGUUCCUGGCCUGUGAUGUAGCAGAACCCAGUCAUGUAGUAUACAAAGUAGCCAAACACGCUAAGCUAUGAUGUGUCUGUCUCUGUUCCGCUCUUCUCUCGGAGGGUUUGAUGGUGUGGGUGCGUCUAUCACAUCAAACAUGCAUCCUUUUCUGUGUAACUGUAUUGAUCGAUGUGGGCAAAAGACGGAUGAAAUGAAAAUGGAAGAUCUUGGUCUUCGGUGUCGUGUACACAGACUGAACGCUCUCACCAUGCUGGAUGGUUGUGUUCGGAUGCCCAUGUUUCAUACCCGACAGAGGGCUCACCACCUAUCUAUGCAAUACAAGUGGUGCCCGACUACAGUAACAUGCGACCAGAUCCCAAGAUUGACAGAGCUGCGAACAAAAAUAUAUAAAUCAGAACCCCCCCCACUCCUCCACCCGGCUCCCCCCCCCCCACUCCCCCCCCCCACUCCCCCCCCCCCACACUCCCCCCACUUCCCCCCCCCAGCCGUCGAAUCCAUGACUUUGACUUAAUACUGCCUUUUAGACACUGUGAAUUUUUUGUAUGCUCUAUUUUUGUACAUUGUCAAAGAAACAAAAGAAAUAAAAAAGGAACUGGUGCCAAACAUGCA